AUGGCCUAUGCGGUGCCUGCCUGCCUGCUCCUGGCCCUGCUGCUCCUGGCCCCAGCCAUACCAGCACAGCAUGAGCGAGGGCUCAUCUUCAACUUGGAGAUCGGGGAACUGUGCCUGCAGAGCGCCCAGUGCAAGAGUGGCUGCUGCCACCGGGUCAGUGGCCUCAGCCUGGCCCGAUGUGCACCAAAGGCAGCUGAGUUCCAGGAGUGCUCCCCAAAGAGCAUCUAUGGGGUCUACUACAAGUGUCCCUGCGAGAGUGGCUUGACCUGUGAUGCUGAUAAGACCAUCGUGGGCUCCAUCACCAACAGUGACUUCGGUGUCUGCAAGGACCCCCAGGGCUUCUAUAAGUGA